CCACCACCCACCAGCUCAGGCACCAGCAGCAGCGCCGCCGCCGCCGCCCACCUUCUGCCACCGACACCACAGCUACUUUCUCCUCUGCUUCCCUCUACUGUCCUCGCCCUCUGUCGACUAUCAGGUGGGCUUUGAACCAGGAUGGCUGAACCCCGCCAGGAGUUCAACGUGAUGGAAGACCAUGCUCAGGGGGACUACACCCUGCUGCAAGACCACGAGGGUGACGUGGAGCACGGCCUGAAAGAAUCUCCCCUGCAGACCCCGGCCGAUGAUGGAUCUGAGGAACCAGGCUCUGAAACCUCUGAUGCUAAGAGCACUCCAACGGCGGAAGCUGAAGAAGCAGGCAUUGGAGACACCCCCAACCUGGAAGACCAAGCUGCUGGACAUGUGACCCAAGAGGAGAGGAGAGUUCCAGGCCAGCAGAGGGAAGUGUCUGAGAGGCCCCCUGCUAAUGGGCUUAGCUCUCAGGUCCAGCCUGCACACGGCCAAGAAGCUUCUGGGGUCUCCGAGCUGCAUCUGGGGGAGAAACAGCCAGAAGCUCCCGUCCUGGCGACCUCUCACCUUUCCCAGCAUCAUCCUGUCUGCCAGCCGCCUCUCCCACCAGGAGGCCCUCAGGAGCCCCACCAGGAGUGGGGACCGAAGCGAGGGGAGCAGGCCGAGGAGGGACUGGCCUUUCCGAAGCCCACCUCCCCUGGAUGUCUCCAGACGGAGCCUGGGAGUGUCAAGGUUGUCCAGGAAAGCUUCCUCAGGGAACCAGGGUGCCGUGGAGGUGAGGCCAUGGACCCCGGGACCCCAGGUCUGACCUGCCAGCACGUGUCUGACAUGCCUGGGGCUCCCAUCCUGCCUGAAGGCCCCAGAGAGGCCACACACCAGCAUUCGGGGCCAGAACCUGAGGAUGCAGACGGCAGCUGCUGUGGCUCUGAGCUGCUGGAGCGCCAGCUUCUGGGAGACCUGACCCAGGAGGGGCCGCCUCUGAAGAGGGAACAGGGCAAAGAGAGGCUGGGGGGCGAGGAGGUGGAUGAAGACCGGGACAUUGAUGAGUCCUCUCCCCAGGACUCCUUUCCCUCCCAGGUCUCCCCACAUCUGCAGAGCCCCACAACCCGAGGCGGGCCAACCCCCGAGGCAGUUUCCGGAGAAGCCCCUGGGAUCCCUGGUUUCCCAGCCAAGGGUGCCAUCCCCCUCCCUGUCGAUUUCCUCUCUAAAGCUUCUGCAGAGACCCGGGUCUCAGAGCCCGAUGGGCCCGGGGAGGGGCCCCCAGCGGAAGGGCACGACGGGCCCCCCGAGUUCAUGUUCCACGUGGAAAUCAAAGCCAAUGUGCAGAAGGAACAGGGACCUUCGGAGGUGGAUUUGGAAGGGGCUGCACUUCCUGGGGCCUCUGGAGCAGAGCAAGAGCCCCGGGGCCCCUCUGAGGGCGAGGACACAAAAAAGACUGACCUUCCAGAACCAUCUGAAAAGCAGCCUGCAGCUGGUCUGCCGGGGAAACCCGUCAGCCGGGUUCCUCAACUCAAAGCUCGCAUGGUCAGUAAAGGCAAAGAUGGGGCUGGACCCGAUGACAAAAAAACCAAGACAUCCACACCUUCCUCUGCUAAAACCCUGAACAAUAGGCCUUGCCUUAGCUCCAAACGCCCCACUCCUGGUAGCUCAGACCCUUUGAUCAAACCCUCCAGCCCCGCCGUGUGCCCAGAGCCAUCUUCUCCUAAACACGUCUCUUCUGUCACACCCCGAACUGGCAGUUUUGGAGCAAAGGAGAUGAAAGUCAAGGGGGCGGAUGGUAAACCUGGAACGAAGAUCGCCACACCCCGGGGAGCGGCCCCUCCAGGCCAGAAGGGCCCGGCCAACGCCACCCGGAUUCCAGCAAAAACCACUUCCACCCCAAAGACCCCGCCGGGCACUGGUGAAUCUGGGAAAUCCGGGGACCGCAGUGGCUACAGCAGCCCCGGCUCCCCAGGCACUCCGGGCAGCCGCUCCCGCACCCCUUCCCUGCCGACCCCGCCCACCCGGGAGCCCAAGAAGGUGGCAGUGGUCCGCACUCCACCCAAGUCGCCAUCUGCAGCUAAGAGCCGCCUGCAGACCGCCCCCGGGCCCAUGCCAGACCUGAAGAACGUCAAGUCCAAGAUCGGCUCCACGGAAAACCUGAAGCACCAGCCGGGAGGCGGGAAGGUGCAGAUAAUUAAUAAGAAGCUGGAUCUUAGCAACGUCCAGUCCAAGUGUGGCUCAAAGGAUAAUAUCAAACACGUGCCAGGAGGCGGCAGUGUGCAAAUAGUCUACAAACCAGUGGAUCUGAGCAAGGUGACCUCCAAGUGUGGCUCAUUAGGCAACAUCCAUCAUAAGCCAGGAGGUGGCCAGGUGGAAGUAAAGUCUGAGAAGCUGGACUUCAAGGAGAGAGUCCAGUCCAAGAUCGGGUCCCUGGAUAACAUCACCCAUGUCCACCCUGGCGGAGGGCAUAAAAAGAUCGAAACCCACAAGCUGACCUUCCGCGAGAACGCCAAAGCCAAGACCGACCACGGGGCGGAGAUUGUGUACAAGUCGCCCGUGGUGUCGGGGGACACGUCCCCACGGCACCUCAGCAACGUCUCCUCCACCGGCAGCAUCGACAUGGUAGACGCACCGCAGCUGGCCACGCUCGCCGAUGAGGUGUCCGCCUCCCUGGCCAAGCAGGGUUUGUGAUCAGGCCCCCGGGGCGGUCAAUAAUCGUGGAGAGAAGAGAGUGAGAGAGUGUGGGAAAAAAAGAAUAGUGAUCUGGCCCUUCGCCCUCUGCCCUCCCCCAGCUGCUCCUCACAGAUCGGUUAAUCGGUUAAUCACGUAACCUGCUUGUCGCUCACCCCUGGCUCGGGACUUCCAAAUCGGUCACUGGAACGAGAGCCAAGGUCAUCUUUCCAAAUUGACGGGCGGGCCAAUCAUAAUAAAAUAUUUUAAAAACCUUUAAAAAGAUGGCCCUACCCAGAAUUUCCUUGGGCAGUUACUUUCUUUUUUUUUCCCCCCUCUGAGUGCACGAGGGAGGAGGAGAGGCUCUGAAAGCUGCUUCUGGGGACUCUCAAGGGCCUGGGGGGCGCCCCAUCCUGGGGGUGUCACAGAGGCAGCAGCGGCAACAAGGGACUCGACACUUGGUGCGCUGGUGGAACCACAGGCGUAGGGCCACCUUUGGAGCAGGACAGGGUGCGGGGGCGGGGGGGCUGGGCAGGGGGGGAGGGCGAGGUGAGAGGGGGUGUGGGGGGCGUGAGGAUACCGGAGGAGGAGGAGCUCAGGGAGGAGAUGCUGAGGACGGCCCGGAGGCGCAGCAGGCAGGGCACAGCCUCUGCCGCCCACAGCGAACUUGGACCAAGUGGCCUCCAGUUCUUGGGGGCCCGGGGUCUGCUGCGGGUCGGCGUGCCACCCUCUGGAGGGAGAAGGGCUUACACCACGAAGGGCAGGGGGCGGGAGGAGAAGGAAGGUUGCGGGAGUGGCAUCCGAGCGCUGGCCUCUUUCUCCCUCCCCGCAGGGUGGGGGUCCUGAGCUGAGGGGCUUCCCUCUGCCCCGCGGAAACCCUGUUUUAUUGAGUUCUGAAGGUUGGAACUGCAGCCACGAUUCUGGCACCUCACAGACCUGGGACUUUAGGGCUAACCGGUUCUUUGUAAGGACUUGUGCCUCUUGGGGGACAUCCGCCUGUUCCCAAGCCUGGGCCUCUGGCAUCUCUGGAGUGUAUGGGGACCUGGGAGGAGGCUCCUGAACCUCUCAUCCCUCCCACGGCCACCGCAGCCACCUGUCUGCCCCACCAUGCCUGUGUCUGCCGUGCGGAGCCCAGCCACUGCCUGUACCCCUCAUUACGUCACGCCGUCCCGCGUUCCCAGCCUCACCCCACCCCCCUUCUCAGUAACGGACAUUGUUUAGAUGGGGAGGCACCUCCUCUGAACCAAGGGGGAAAGUCAAGGAGGGCAAAGCCCAGACACGGCGGGGGACCUCAGUCUCUCAGUCUAAGUUGUACUCAUCCAGCUGGUAUGUCCCUCACAAUGAACCUGAUGGCCUUACUCGGUUCCCUGCCCGUGCCCCCAUCCCAGAUGGGAGCCAGGGUGGGGUUCGCAGUGACCCUGGACGUUUAUGCCGUGUUUACUUGGAGAGCCUUUUCUCCCAGAAGGCCUGGUUCCCUUCCUGUGCCGAGCUGGCAGCAGGUUGGCCGUCCUGGAUGCCAGAGAUGGCACGGGGAUGGGCAGGCAAGGCCCCCAGGGCAGGACCACGCUCCCUCCGUUCCUUACGUCUGCCCCAGCUUGUGACUGCCAGCCUCUCAGAGAGCCCAGCCGCUGCUCAACCCCAAGUGCAUACAAUCAGCCCUCCACACCCCAAAAAGGGAAACAUGCCCCCUCGGAAAUGGUUCUUCCCCCAGUCUCAGCUGGAAGCAAUGCUGUCUUGUCCUCCUGGAGCAGCUGAACAUAUACAUAGAUGUCGCCCCUCCCUCCCCACCUGCACCCUGUCGCGUUGUAGUCGGAUUUGUCUGUUUAUGCUUGGAUUCACCAGAGUGACUAUGAUAGUGAAAAGAAAGAAAAAAAAAAAAAAAAAAGACGCAUGUAUCUUGAAAUGCUUGUAAAGAGAUUUCUAACCCACCCCCCCCAUGGGAGUCCUAGAUGUCUCUCACCCCCCCAGCUGGGACUUGGAUCCAGAAGGCCAGUGUGACUCUCUUCUGUGGGGCCUCCCAAUUUUUGAAAGACUUUCAUCAACAUCUGGGACCCAACAGAGACCAGAUGCUGACAUCUGAGAAUCCUCAGCUGCAAAGAAGGCCUGAAGCCCAGGAGGAGGACAGAAGUUAUGGUACCCCCUCCCCGCCCCCGGGGCUCCCUUCUGUCAGGCAGGGGGCAGUGUGUCUUGUGGUGAAGAUGGCCCUGGAGAAGCCCCACAGCAGCCCUGAGAGAGGGUCGUCCAACUCCCUGCGUCACGAGUGCCCGCUGGGGAAAGGUCUGCAGCCCGCCCUUCAGCCCGGGGUCCCGCUCCAAGCUCUCCCGCAGGAAGGCUGGCCCAGGCCUCCCCACCAGGGGCCUGACGGCCACAGCAGGGGUUGGGAUGCACUGCCUGCCCUGGACCAGCCCCAGGGGCCUGAGCCGCCUGACAAGGGUGACAGGUCAGGAGACACCAUUUCCAAAUCCUUGGCCAGAGCCCCUGCUGACCUUGCAUGAAACCCAUCUCCUGCCAUGGGGAAAGGGAAGCAGCCUUUGUAGAAAUCUGCUGUUUGAAGAAAAUCAGCAACCUCGGCCUGGUUCUGCCGCUUCUGAUUUGGGUUAGGGUUAAAGGCAACCCUAUGGGGCUGGGAUGGAGUCCAGGGCCAGACGCUUCAUCUGCAGCCAGAGGAUCAUCUGGGCCCAAACCUUCCCGCAGUGAGGCUCUCCUCUGUCCUCUGAGUCCCAGUUGGUCUUGGAAGGGUUCUGAGGAAGAAAGAGGAAACUUGGUGUGAAGAUCUGGUGGCCGUUAGAGAUGCAGCCCCUCAUUACUGCCACCGAUUCUGGCUGCACUUCCUGAACCUCUCCCUGCAGUUUCUGCGCCCCGCUCUUCAGUACCUUAUUCCGAGGGCCUCACUCAGCGGGCGCCUCGCGUUGCGUGGGCUGCUGGGAGCAGCCUGAAGAGCGUGGUUUAGGGUCAUCAGGUCAGUGCUGGCAGGGAGCCUGCAGAGCGCAACGCUGGCUUGGAACCGUCAACGAGGACGACCCCCCCUCCCCAGGGCUGGGCACUCCCCCGCCGCCGUUUCUUCCAGGGUUGGUGUCCCUCGGGUGGGCUAGAUAGGAUACACUAUCCGCCUGGUCGCUUCAAGCUCUGCAUUCACUUUAUCAGAAGUUCCAUUUAAACUGGCUUCAGUGGUGAGACUAUCCUGUUUGCAACUGCUUGUUGGGCUCCUGGUGGGGCGGUGGGGGGAGAGGAGCCUGUAGGAGAGUUACCACUGGGCAAAGGGGAGUCUUGGAGAGCAGGAGUCCAAGGCCUGGUAACACUUUUCUUCCUGAUUUCAACCACGUGUGCUAGAGGUCCCUUGGGAUUUCACCUUCUCACCGACAGGUGCCACAGGCUGCCAGCUAGUUCCCAUCAUCUCCUUCCCGGCCAGGUGCAGGCAGUGAGGCUUGUGGAGGAAUCCGGAGAUAUCGUUGCUGUGACCUGCUGCCCUUUUGCGGGGUUCCCAAGCCCGCAAUCAUGCCUCCCAAACACGCUGGCAUCCUUUCCUUUAAGCUGCUGGCACCUCCACGUCACCUUUCCCACCAGCUCCGGACACACAGCCUGUACUUCUAGUAGCUGCUAAGAUCUCGUCACCCUUUAAUCUCUGGCCUCCAAGGAAAGCAAAGAGGCAGGGAUGAGGGCAGAGGUGGAGGUCAUCAGCUUGUCCUAUCUACAGAUCUGUGGCUUCAAGAGACUUCUGGUUUCUCUUCAGCUUUGAAAAGCGUUACCCUGGGCACUGACCCAGAGUCUCACCUCCUAAUGGACUUAGCCUCGUGAAUUUGCAGUGUUGGGCAGGACAAUUUCUGGCACUUGCAAGUCCCAUGAUUUCUUCGUUAAUUUUGAGGGUGGGGGGAGGGACAUGAAACCAUCUUAGCUUAGCUUCCUGUCUGUGAAUGUCCAUAUGGUGUAUUGUGUGUUUUAACAAAUGAUUUACACUGUUGCUGUAAAAGUGAAUUUGGAAAAUAAAGUUAUUACUCUGAUUAAA